AGCGACGACGAGGCCAGUGUCCGUGAUUUGAUCAGCAAGCUCAACGAGAACCCGGAGAUCAAGGAGAUCUUGGCGCUGUUCCAGCUGCUCCUCGUAUCCAAGGGCUUGAACCCCGAGAAGCCUCCGUCGAUGAUGGAGAUCAUGCGUCUUUUCGCCGACAAAGAGGUGCGCGAGAUGGCCGGGAAGUUGAAGGCGAAGUUUGACGAGGCAGGCAUCCAGAUCUCGCCCGACCAGAUGAACCUGUUCAUGGGCAUGUUC